AUGGACUCCGUCAACGCAUGGGUAGUUGAAAGCCAAAAGACCGAGCUGAAGAAGCUCAAAACCAUUCCGAACACCAUCCAAAGUAUCUUCAAAGAUGUAGGUCGAUCCGCAGUUGAUCUUGCGCUCCCUAUCAGUGAGCGGGGCAAAGAGUUGGUGCACCAGAAGAUUUACAUUGAUAGCCUCUGCAUUGGCUUCGCUUACCUCGACGAUCCAGACACUAAUGCAGCGUUUGGAAACCCUGCCCUCUUCCGCAUAAUCAGCCGCGUAUUGCACGAGAAGAGGUUGUCCCGCUGGAUUGACCCAAACAAGCGGGAUCUCAACAAUAUCAUUGCAUUCUCUGGCACAAUCUUAGUUUGGGCACUGCAGGAGCAUGCUAACGGCUUGAACGGCAAAUCAGAAUUUGUCGUCGAGGACAAUAGGGCAACAUUCGAUUCAAUCGUCCAACGUUUGGACAGCCUGUCGCCGUCGCAGAGGGCAGCUGUAGAUAAGCUCGUUGAUGAUAUUUUUGCCGAGAUGCAGUAA